UUAUCCACACUCACUAGAAGAAGAAUCUGUAGAUGGUGGUGGGUGGCUUCUCUGCAUCCUCUCCCUUUUCCUUUUUAAUGUGAAAAAUGGAAAUGGAGAUGAUUUUAGGGAGGAGAGGUAGACAGGGACAGGUGGGGGUGAGAUUUGGAUGGGUGGAUAAUGGUGCUUCGGAGAUAGCCACCGCCCUUACCUCUUCCUCCUUUGCUUCCCUUUAACAUAGACAGGAAUCCUAAACAAAGAGGAGUAGAGAAACAAAGUUUGUGUCUUGGUGAAGAAAGAGGAGGAAUGGCCGUCGCCAUGGCUUCCGGGAGCCUCUGUCUGAGGCCCACCGCGAGGGCAGGGGAGAACUGCUUGCCGGGGCUUCGAUGCUGUUCCCUCCGCUGCCCCCCUUUCGCGGUUCCAAUCGCCUCGAAGAUCAGAUUAUAUUCCGAUGCUGCUAUAACUGUUCCUAGAGCAGCAUCUCCGACAACUGUUGAGGAUGGGAGUUCUAAUGAGACUGACACAAUUCCUACUCCCAAAGUUAUCAUAGAUCAGGACUCAGACCCAGAUGCAACUAUCGUGGAGAUAACCUUUGGCGACCGCCUCGGGACUCUUCUUGACACUAUGAAGUCCCUUAAGAAUCUAGGCCUAAAUGUUGUCAAAGCUAAUGUUUACUUGGAUUCUUCCGGGAAGCACAACAAAUUUGCAAUAACUAGCAUGUCAACCGGCCGCAAAAUUGAAGAUCCAGAGUUGCUAGAAGCAAUACGCUUAACAAUUAUAAACAAUUUGAUCGAGUAUCAUCCGGAGUCUAGCAGCCAAUUGGCAAUGGGAGCAACGUUUGGAGUUGAGCCUCCUACACAAGAGGUUGAUGUGGAUAUUGCUACCCAUAUAGAAGUUUAUGAUGAUGGGCCUGACCGAAGCUUACUCGUUGUGGAGACAGCAGACUAUCCUGGGUUGCUGGUAGAUCUGGUUAAGAUCAUCACUGAUAUAAAUAUCACAGUCCAGUCUGGAGAGUUCGAUACCGAGGGACUGUUGGCUAAAGCAAAGUUCCAUGUAAGUUACAGAGAUAAACCAAUCAUUAAGCCUCUGCAGCAGGUUCUCUCAAAUAGCUUGCGUUAUUUCUUGAGGAGGCCAACAACGGAGGAGGCAAGCUUUUAGGAUUUUUCCAAACAUGACAGAUGUUUACCACAAAGAAUUGGUAUUAUGGUCUGAAUAUUUUUCAUUGGAAGCCAACAAAUCUGUAUUGAACCAAAAUUUCUCAAUCUAUAUAUAGUCAGCAUUUUUCCGAA